AUGAACGGCACUGAGGACGACGAGAAGACGAAGGUACAAGAAUCGGUGGUUGAUGCCCCUGGCACCGACAUGGCAUGCACGGCUACCGAGGCCACUGCGGCGGAAGCGCUCGAUCCGAGGCGAGGCGCAGAAGCGGCGACGGUGGGCGACGGCGGUCACGCGACGCUCUGGGCAGAUCGAGUGGAAACGGUGACGGCCUACCAGCUGGCCUCGGCGGCCCUUCGACGUCUGCCCACACGCACCGCCCCUGUCGACAAGGACGUUUGGAGAAGGCAGCGGACGGAUGAGGUGACGACGUCAAGAGUGGAAGCGAGCGCCACUCACGCAGGCGUGAGCGCACCGCCGCCGCCGUCACCUUCAGCAGCCCGGCGUGGUACCAUCUUCGCCGACGCCGAUCAACCAACAACGUGCACUACCAACACCUCUCCGCUAACCCCAAGUGCGGAGAAAGUGCGCGCGGCCGUCUUCACAGCCUUGUCGCCGUCUUCGACCCGCUUCCAAGUACCGCCGCUACAGGCAGCACGCGUACAUGCUGUCCAACCGUCCCCCCACACGUCAUCACAUAAAGGCGACGAGAGCGCCGUGCUCACCACCUCCGAAGGUCAGAGCCCCAACAGCGCCAACGUAUACCGUCAUGCGGACCGCCAAGGCAGUAGCGAUGCCGCUGAGGGCGCGAACGCCCGUGAUGACGAGGACGACGAGGACGGCGUUGCUGCACGGGUGCUCUUCUCGCUGCAUCGAAAAGAUGACAUGAUCAGGCAGCUCACGCACGCCGUUGAGGCGCUGCAAGACGAAAAUGCUCUGCUGCGCAGCCUUCGUGCAGCCGCUCCGCAGGCGGAUGCCGUCCCGCCGCCACAAGCGACCGGAUUGACACUCUCUCCAGAUAGGAAGACAUCCUCCCCGUCGUGGCCUGCGACGCCGGUGCGUUGGUGGAAGACGACGCACAAGACCGCGCGGUCUGAUGGCGAUCGACCGCCGCACGAAAGCCUGCAAAGUCUCGAGGGGAGUGGCCGUGCCAACGUGAAGGAGAAGCCCCUGCCCACGCCCCCAUCCCUCUCAGCUGCCCAUGCUGCUGUGAGCACUAUCGCAGCUCUGCAGCGCACGCUCGCUGACAAGGAGGCGGAGCAGGAAGCGCUUCGAUCACACGUCGUCACCCGCGGCAACGAGAACGACACUCGAGACGCCACUGCGCCUGCGGAAGCGCCGCCUGUGGAGUACAGCGCUGGUGAUUCCGUAAUAUCUGGCGCUCGAGGCGCGCCGUCAGCGUCGCCGUCCGCGGCGGAGGCAGUUGCAGAGGCUCGCAUCGCUCAGCUGGAGUGGCAGCUGCAGAACGUUCAGCAAGAGAAGCGGGAGGACAUGCACACGCUGCGUGACCACAUCGAUCACCUCACACGUGAACUGCACCGAAAGAGUCGCGACAUGGAGCGGCAACAGCGGCAUCACAAGCUCGAGCUAGCAGCCCUUCAGCAGGAGGUGACGGCCUUGGCCGACCAGCUUGAAGAGCAGAUCCGUGUGUCCACGAACCCAACAGCAGCACCUCCGAAGCGAGAGCCGGAGGCGGAACAGGUGAUGGAGCUGCAACGUGAGCUGGCGCAGGCGAAGGCGCGGGAGGCGCUGCUGCUGACCGAGCGUGCCGCUACGCAGCGGCGCUGGCUGCAAGAGCUGGAGGAGCAGAAGAGUUUACUCGACGAAGCGCGUGCGGACGCUGCGCGAGAAGAGGUGCAAAAUGAGUCCCGUGUGCAGCAAGAGCGCCAGCUGGCUCAGAAGGCAACCCAACAGCAACAGCAGCUCGAGGAGCAGGUGCGUCAGUACAAGGAAGCCCUCGCACAAGCGAAGCGAGAGCUGUUAGAGCUGCGUGCAGUACAUCAGCGAACGGAGGAGACCGUGUCAGAGCAGAGGCGGCAGCUCCAGCUCAUCAGCCACGACAUCGCCGCAGCGGCGCUGGAACGGGCUCAUGAUGAGCAGCGAGCUGCGCGCGCGGAAGAGCAGGCUAGGCUGCUCCACCAGCACCUGCGUCAAGCAGAGGCCACCGUCACAUCCCAAGAGGCUGAGCUGGAAUCGCUCCGGCAAGCUCACCAGGACGAGGUGGCCGCGGCUGUCGCGCUGCAAGAGGAAGAGCACGCCGCCCUGCUCAAGCACGUGAAAGGCUGCAUGAAGGGCAGUGAGGCCGUGGAGAGCGCGUUGCUGGCGGCCGAGAGCAGCAGACGUGAGAUGGCCUCUCGACUGACGCGUGCGCUGGAAGAGCGAGAUGAGUGCCAUCGACUUCUCCGUGAGGCAUCCGUGCAGGCACAGGCGCAGCUGUUGGAACAGCAGCAGCUCCUCAGCGAAGGGAACGAUUUGAUGCACCAACGGCUGCAAGAGGCCCAGACGGAUCUUCGGGAGCGCACAGAGGCCCUGGAGACGACGCAGCGUGAGCUACAGGCCGUCCAGCAACGGAUGCUGGCCCUCAAAGACGAGCUCACGCGCUCCCAGGCAGCGCAACAUCAGCUUGGCGAAGAGCUGCACGCAGCACAGGCGAGGCACGAGGCGCAGACUGCACAGCUCGUGCAUGCGAAGGAGGGCUUGAAGGAUGCGUUGCAUGCACAGCUGGCCACGAUGGGCAAACUUCGUCGAACGGAGAAGCGGCUACACUCGCAACAGGCGGCGGCGCAGCGGGCGAUGGAGCGACGACAAGAGGAGCAGCGAGCACUCCAGGGCAUUGUGGACCUUCUAUGGUCGCCGGGGGUGUCCCUGUCGUCGACGUGCCCGCGGGCUUUGGGGGUGCGGCCGCACGAGUCCAGCCGCGUAUUGAGCCUGCCGCCACCGCAGGUAGUGCGGAGUGCAGCGACACUGGCGCCCGGUGACAUGCCGGCCGUGCCGCGCAGGGCCCUCGCGAUGCUGGAGCGGAGCGCCAACACCAAUACGAGGAGAUCUUACCAGAUCCAGAAACGGCAAUCGGUGAGCAUGACUGGUGCUUCAGCUGCAGGAGCUGCUGGUGUCCGUGCGGAUGCCGAAAACGGAGAUGUCGAUGUAACCGUGCACCCGUCGCGGUCGGCGUCGUCCGUGUCCUCCGCCGCAGCGUCCGUGGUGAUGUCCGCUGUCAGCUGGGACGACGUGCCGGCGGCCUCACUCAGCGAUGGCGGCACGGCACUCGAAGAACGCCAUCGCCCCGCGGCAGAGGCUUUGGCGGAAGGCGAUGUGUCGGCGAAUUCGGGUGCUGCCGCAUCCGCGGGGGGGUUCCGUCAUUCUCGCCUCGACGCCGACAUACCUGCGCUCGAGGGGCGCCUGCAGUGCUUUGCCAUCGCCCACCAAGGAGGCGGGCGAACAGCGGCUACUGAGGCGGACCUCUCUCUCCUGCGCCCUCUCCGUGCCAUUCGGGAUGCCGUCGAGCAGGUAUACGCCGCCUACACCGCCGCGCAGCACGAGCUGGGCACCAAGCGGAUUGCGGUGCGGACGCUGGUGAAGGAGAGGAAGGCGCAGCAGGUUCAGCUGGAGGAACUGCGCGCUACGCUUCAAGAGCAGCGGCACAAGGCUGAGCGGCUGCGGCGCGACGCGGUCCAGGCCAUGCGGGCGGCGUCGCAAGCGGAGCUCGAGAAGGUGUGUCAUGCAUGGCAGGCGAAGUGCGAGGCGGGCAUGGCUAUGCAGCUACAAGCCUCUGAGGAACAACAUCGCCGCGCGGUAGCGGAGCUCUUGAAGACGUGUGCGGAGCACGUGCAAGCGGAGCUUAUCGCCUUCGUGCAGCUUCUGCCCACCACUCUGCGUGCUGGGUUGGCGAGAGCCGCGGCGGCGUCGGCAGAGCGCACACGCGACGAAGUGGGGCGAGAAGUGCAUCAUCAGUACUGGCGCCCCCCGGGCACCACGAGCGCACCCCACCACCUCGUCUCUGAUCAUGACCAUGGUACGCAGGUGCGUCAUACAAGCACCGCCGCCGCGGCUGCUGAUGACGUGUCGCUUCUCUCGUUGGGACUUGAGGUGCAGCCCGAAGUGCAGGCAGAGUGCGACGCGAUCAUCCGCGACGUUCUCCACAUGGCGGGUGGAUGGGCCGACUUGACGAGUACCGUGCUCGUCGCCAGCAGCACCGCCGCCGCGGACUGUCCGUCAGGGAGCCGUGCCGCUGCCCCUGCUGUCGAACCGGCUCAGAGAACCGUGGUGAACGCCGAAGCUGCUCUCUGGUCUGCCGAGGAGAUGGCGGAGCUCAAGGAAGUGAUCCAGGCGCACAUAACUCGCUCACUGUCGGCGCUGACGACAGCGGCAUCAUCUUCCUCGUUAGCAGGCGUGACCACCAGCGCAUCGAGAAGCGAAGCAAGUGAAGAGCGGCAGGGCGUGGAUGAUCACGCGCAAGACGCACCGGCCACCGUCGGUGGUGCGAGUGGCGGCACCAGAUCCACGAAUGCCAAGGGAGCGGCCUCCGGCGAACAGUCGAAGGCCGCUCUACCACGCUGGAUGCGUUCCCUUCGCACAUCCACUCGUCCAGCCUCAUCACCAUCGCACUUCUCACCCGACAGGGAGCGCGAGAGCACGUCAACUCCGCCGAGAAACUCUGCCGUUGAAGACGCAGCCGCUGCUCGGGUGCCUCUGCACCACCACCAGCCUCGCCUGCUCGCCCUGCUUCUGGAUGCGUGCGUCGCACAUGUGCACGCGCGGCUGCUGGCGUGA